UUCAGCAGGUAGACAAACAUGGGUGCCUACAAGUACAUCCAGGAGCUAUGGAGGAAAAAGCAGUCGGAUGUGAUGCGAUUCCUCCUCCGUGUCCGCUGUUGGCAGUAUCGCCAGCUGUCUGCCUUGCACCGAGCUCCCCGGCCCACCAGACCAGACAAAGCUCGCAGGCUGGGAUAUAAGGCCAAGCAAGGUUACAUUAUCUACCGUGUCCGUGUUCGCCGUGGUGGUCGUAAACGCCCAGUCCCGAAAGGCGCAACCUAUGGUAAACCUGUGCAUCAUGGUGUUAACCAGCUGAAGUUUGCCCGGAGUCUUCAGUCUGUAGCAGAGGAACGUGCUGGCCGUCACUGUGGGGCUCUGAGAGUCUUGAACUCGUAUUGGGUGGGUGAAGAUUCCACUUACAAGUUUUUCGAAGUGAUCCUGAUUGAUCCCUUCCAUAAGACCAUCAGGCGCAAUCCUGAUACCCAAUGGAUCACCAAGCCCGUUCACAAGCACAGAGAGAUGCGUGGGCUGACAUCGGCUGGGCGGAAGAGUCGUGGUCUUGGCAAGGGCCACAAAUUCCACCACACCAUUGGUGGCUCACGUCGUGCUGCCUGGAGAAGGCGCAAUACCCUGCAGCUGCACCGUUACCGUUAAUUCUUGUAAAUGUAACGAUCUAAUAAAGCUGAUCUGGGUUGUCGGGGUCUCUGUCCUGUGCUUAGACUCAAGGCCAGCUUUGAUCUUGUGCAAUGAGAU